AUGUCUUCGUCAGAGAGCACUCCGAUUAUCUCGGUUAGACAUCCAAAGGCCUUCUUCGAGAUGCUCGCAGCUAUCUGCCGUAAUGUCCCGGCAAACCAUGUACUCGAUGAGGAGGACCAGGCGAAGUUUUUGGCGUUGUAUAACGUGAUUGAUUUUAAACUCGUCAAAGCUCCUCGUUCUGAGAUGCAUCAGAACCCCCUUUCGCCAGAGGGCUAUUUCUCUUCCAGCUAUGUCGCAGAUAAGAACGCUUUCGAUAUUCCGCAGGGUGGCUACGGGCCGCCUGGGUCUGUAAAUGGCUCGUUUUGCCACAAUCACAACGACGAGUCGUUUAAAGAGCUCCACCCUGAUGUGGAUCAGUCCAAGUAUGAUGCUGCUGAGCAAGAUCUGUACGAGAACAACGCAACCACAGCGCCACCUGAUCAGCCCGCUCAACUUGAGGAUGAGGAAAAUGAGAUCCCGAGUGACACAUCUCCCAUUAAGGCUGGUGCUACAGAGGGCUACUCUUCAGUGGCGGAGGAUGCUAUGAGCAAAGAUGACUCUGGCGUCGCCAUGGACGGUACCCUGUAUUCCGGCCUUGAGGAGCAGAAGGACGAUGCCAUCACCAAGGACGGUGGCAUCUCCUUUUCACAAGACUCCGCCUACGCUACUCAGCCCUUCAAGAACUUUGAGGAUGACAGCAAUAAGCUCAACGACCUCCACUUCAAAUUACGUUCUUCGUCUCCUUCGGACGCUCCUGAAGUCUUUGCUGGGAGAGGGGCGCUGGAGUCGUCAAAUCGGCUACUGGACGAGCUCGAUGAGGAGGCUCGUCGCUCUGCCCGCUUGGAUUCUCAAUCCCGUCCUACUACUCCUAACAACGACAUAAUCGACAUUGCCACUUCCAGCAACAACCUCGACCCCGCUUCUGCCCCUACCUCUUCACUGGGCAAGCGUAAGGCUGACUCCGACGGCGACAUCGACAGCGACAAAGACUCCAAAGGCCAAGAGCCCAACGCUAAGCGCGUGAAGUUGACCGAGUCGUAA